AGGUGGACAAGCCAAACUAGCUCAGGAGGGAAAGGAGAAAAAUUCCCUGGAUAUGAAGCCCCCCACCCACUAUAAAUAUGCAAUAAUUUUAUUGACAUUGGUUCCAGCCAGUGAUAUUUGAUCCCCUCAGCUGCUUUUCCUCGACUGAGUCCUAGCCAUGGACGCAGCAGCAGCAUCGGCGUCGGCGGCGGGCUCGAGGAUCAAAACCUUUAACGUCCUCUUGUGUUCGUCCGCCGGUAGAAUGGCUAACCCCACAAACUUUAUUCAACCGGCUUUCUCUUCCUCCAGGAAGGAAAUGCUUCCCCUUUAUACUUGCAGCAGAUCUUUCCCUAAUAGAUUUCACGGCCUCAAGAGAUUGUAUCCAUGUUCCAGCUCCAAAACCGGUCCAGUCCCUCCCGUCAGCUGUUCCAUGAAACCACGCAUUGACAAAAACAAUGCAACCAACAAGAAUCCCACCACCGAGCUCGAUCAGAAGUCGACGGUGCCAAACCUGGACACUCCACUGCCUAAUCCGCCGGGUACAUCAACUUCUUCUCAAGGUCUGGUCUUUGACUUGGGUCCUAGCAAUUCCUGGGAUUGCCUGGAAGUCGGUUCGCCGGUGGUGAAAAGGUAUAUCGGUGACAAUGAGGAGAGAUGGUACAUGUGGUAUCAUGGGAGACAUGGUGGCAGCAACGGCUCCGAGUCCAUCGGGCUUGCCGUUUCGAGCAACGGGAUCCAUUGGGCACGGGGAGGUGACACAGUUAGAUCUUGUGCAGAUGCAGGAAUGGUGAUGAACUGUCGCGACAGUUGGUGGGCUUUUGACACUGAAAGCAUCAGGCCAUCUGAGAUGGUGAUAAUGUCCAGUCCGAUGUACAGUGCCGUUUACUGGCUUUACUAUACAGGAUAUAGUUCUGACGAAGUUGAUUCGUCUGGAGUGCCUACCAUUUCCCUAGGAAACCCAGAAAGAUUUAGCUGCGAUCGGAAUGACAACGAAAAGAGUGCAGUGGGCAAAAUUUGUAAAUCGCUUCCUGGCUUAGCCUGCAGUCAAGAUGGCAGGCACUGGGCCAGAAUUGAAGGAGAUCACCACAGCGGAGCUUUGCUUGAUGUGGGAUCUGAGAAGGAAUGGGAUUCUUUGUUUAUCGCGGCACCACAUGUUAUAGUGCACGAAAACGAUGAUCUCAGGAUGUAUUAUUACUCCUUCGACAAAGAUAAUUGCCAGUUUGCCAUUGGACUGGCAAGGUCCAGAGAUGGAAUCAGAUGGGUCAAGUAUGGAAAAAUCCUGGGAGGGGGAUCAAGCGGUUCCUUCGAUGAGUGCGGAGUCAAGAAUGCUUGCGUAGUAAGAAACAGGAAAGCGGGAAACUACUUGAUGGCGUACGAGGGUGUCGCAGCAGAUGGGAAGUGGAGUAUUGGAAUGGCAGUCUCCGAAGACGGAUUGAAGAACUGGAAAAGGAUUCACGAAGGCCCAGUGCUUCAGCCUUCUGAGGACGAAGGAUGGGACAAUAAAGGGGUGGGCUCGCCAUGUCUGGUCCAGAUGGAGAACAGCAUCAACGAGUGGAGAUUGUAUUAUGGAGGCUUUGGGAUAGGAGGAAGGACGGGAAUCGGAAUGGCUGUGUCUGGAGGCAGUGACAUUAGUACAUUCAGAAGGUGGUCCGGGUUUUGCUUGUAAACCAGAUGUACAUAUUGGUCUGUGAUUACAUAUUUCAGCAACAGUUUUAGCAAAA